AUGGACAGACCCGAUCACAGCACCGUCGAGCGCCAGAUCCAAGAUGUGAUCCAGUCCCUCUACCAGGUGAUGGUGCAGGUCUCCUCCUACGACAGCGCCGGCGGCCGACCUACGCGCGACGUCCUCGGCUCCGAGCUGACAUCUCUCUCGCGCUCCCUCCAAGCCGUACACCGCACCGCAUCAUCACAGCCCGCCACCGCCGCCGGGGCAGGGGCAGCACCCGGCGAACUGCCCUCGAUCCCGCAGGAGCUCAUCAUGUACGUCGAGAACGGGCGCAACCCGGACAUCUAUACGCGCGAGUUCGUCGAGAUCGUGCGGCGGGGCAACCAGCUCAUGCGCGGCAAGAUGCAUGCCUUCAGCGGCUUCCGCGACGUCCUGGCGGAGCAGAUCGCCGCGGGCAUGCCGGAGCUGAAGGAGGAUGUUGCAAAGGUCGUGACGAGCACGGGAGGCGAUGCCAAAGCUGUGAUGGCCGCUGCGGCUGCCAACUCUGGGAGUCAAUAG